ACUCAUUCGGGCUCAACGUCUUAACUUGAAUACUUUUUAGCAUUACAAAAAUUUCUGUAACAUUUUGGACUAAUCAUUUUAGACUGCAAUCAAGGUGAAACCCGAUACACCACUAUCAAUAUACAUCAACCAUGUCCCUUUUCCGCUGGCGAGAUCCCAGUUUCUUGCACACCCUGAACUUUGUGAGGGGAAUCCGCACUGGAGCCAACAAGGUGGCGAAUAAUCCCCGCCAGCGAAGUCGAUUGCGUCGCCAAGCCGAGUUCCGAUCAUCGGCGAGAACCCACGAAAGCAGAUUUUCCCCAUCUCGUCUUCGCCAGGGGAAAAACUUUCGGGCAGAGGCCGCCCAGCAUCCGAAUCAGAAGCUAACUUCUUAUGGGGAGUACAUGCAAAUGAUGGCCAGCCUGCAUGAGAAGCAGAUGAAACUGGAGGAGGACAUGGCCCGGGCCGAAAUUGCACUGAAAAAAGAAAAGGAACGAGAAGAACACGAAAAAGAUGAACAAGCAAAUGAGGCACCUUUUAUGCUGUGCGCUGAGGAUGUGACUGGACUACGCAAGUUGUAUCUUAUGGAUAGCGAAGAGCACCAAAUCGAGGUCCUUAAGAUGCACGACAGUGAUCGGAGCUUUAUGGGUGAGCCAUUGGACGAGCCCGAAGCUGUAGUUCAGAGUCUAGGACGCCUCCAGAUGUUUGAAGACAGUAUUCCCUGGACACCGAGCAGUGAGAUCGAUGAGAUUGUGGAUCUUCCGGAGUUGAAAGAUGGUGAAGAGCAAUGGAACCCGGACUCGAUUCAUGGAAAUUGGGUGCGCCGCGUGAUGCAAUUCCUGCGCUUUCGGCGACUCUCGUAAAAGUCCCUUGGAAUCAACCGACUUUUCCCGGUUCAAUCCCAAUCUCAGUCGGUGUUUCCAGUUUACACUCUUCAUUUCCAUGCUUCAGCGAAUGCGCAGUCAUCUGGAUAACAAUCGUGGUCAGAGUCCGUUUAAUUUGUUUGCGCUUUGGUCUCUUGCCCAAUCUUCAUUCGGCUUGGCUGGCCAAGUGGAGUGCUCUGUCCCAGAAGUUACAUUUGUAUUCCCAAGGAGUGUACGGCAGUUUUACCAAAACUUCAAAAACGAAUCAUUAUUUUGGAAAAUUGAAGAAAUUUAGGAUAUUUAGCAGAGCACAAUGAGAGAGUACAAUGGGUCUUAUCAUAUUUGUUAGCCCGAUCGCCAGCACAC